AUGGCGACGACGGUGAAUGCAGAGGCUCUGAACGAGUCCCCCCUGCCCGAAGCUGUCGCAAAGGAGUCGAAGCAGUCGGUGGACCCCUACAAUGUCUCGGGAGAGGUUGGCGAGGACGGCGUCAUGAAGGCGAUCGACUACUCGAAGCUGGUCGACGAGUUUGGCACAAAGAGGAUCGACCCGGCCCUCCUCGAGCGCUUCGAGCGCCUGACGGGCCAGAAGCCACAUCGCUUCCUCCGCAGAGGCAUUGUCUUCUCCCACCGUGACUUCGACCUCAUCCUCGACCGCUACGAGCGCGGCGAGCCCUUCUUCCUCUACACCGGCCGCGGCCCCUCGUCGGACAGCGUCCAUGUCGGCCACACGAUCCCAUUCGAGUUUACAAAAUGGCUCCAAGAGGCGCUGGACUGUCCCCUGGUCAUCAUGCUUACGGACGACGAGAAAUAUCUGUUCUCGGACAAGAGGACGGUCGAAGAAGUCCAGGGGUACUGCUAUACCAAUGCCAAGGACAUCAUCGCCAUUGGCUUUGACCCAGCCAAGACUUUUAUCUUUUCGGAUUUCGAAUUCAUGGGUGGCGCUUUCUACCGAAACGUCGUCCGCCUCUCAAAGCACAUCACGCUGAACCAAAGCCGUGCAAUCUUUGGAUUCAACGACAGCACAAACAUUGGCAAGAUCCACUUUGGGAGCAUCCAGGGAGCGACCAGCUUUGCUUCCUCCUUCCCGCACAUCUUUGGCACCGACGAGACCAAGACGAACUUGAUACCCGCCCUAAUUCCGUGCGCCAUUGACCAAGAUCCCUACUUCCGCAUGGCCAGGGAUGUUGCUGCGAGGAUACACUAUGCAAAGCCGAGCUUGCUUCACUCCAAGUUUCUAGACGCCCUGCAGGGCCCUGGCACCAAGAUGUCGGCGUCUGUAGACGAAAGCGCCAUCUUCAUGAAGGACACGCCCAACCAAAUCAAGAACAAGAUUAACAAGUACGCCUUUUCGGGCGGAAAGACCACGGUCGAGGAGCAUAGAGAAAAGGGGGGAGACACCAGCGUCGAUGUCUCUUUCCUGUAUCUUCGCUUCUUCCUCGAGGACGACGAAGAGUUGGAGAAGAUCCGGCUGGCGUACGAGUCUGGCGAGCUGCUCACGGGCGACCUCAAAGCGAUUUGCAUCAAGGAGCUGCAGACAUACGUCAAGGCCUUCCAGGAACGGAGAGCAAAGGUGGACGACGAGAUCGUUCACCAGUUCAUGGACAGGCGGCCGCUGAAGUGGGCCGGCAACCCCCGGGCUCCCAUCGUGGUUCCUCAGGUGGAAGGAGCUGCUGGGACUGCAGCGGGUGAGGCGGCGGAGGGCGAUGGCAAGCUGACCAAGAACCAGUUGAAGAAGCUGGAGAAGCAGAAGCAAAUAGAAGCCAAAAAGGCGCAGAAGGCCAAGGAGAAAGAAGUUCAGCCGGUUGCUGCUGCAUAG